AACAACACGAACCGACUGUUUCUCGAUCUCAACACUCGGCUCUAGCUUGAAUGAUGUACCAUCAUAGAUUUGUUUUUCAUAAUCAACUAGCUUAUCUGCUUCAUCUACAAUGGAUGGAAGUAAGAGUAAACUGAUCAACAGCUUAUCCAAACUGAAGGCAGACGCUGUCAAAGCUGGGUUAACCUUGACCGAAGUGGAACAUGUUUUGCUAGCGAAAUGCAGCGAUUCAGCCAAACGCGAGGGGCAUGCCUCUGCUCUUGCAGGCCAGGGUUCUGGCGAACACGCUAGUGGGAACUCCGCUGGAUCUCGUAGCCUUCCGUCAGCGCUCAUCACCGUAUUCUUCCGUUUUCUAAUACCGUUGCUGCUUUGUUCGGCGGGUGCCCUGUCGUGCCUUCAUUACUUUGGACAUCUCAGCAGUUUGACUGGCAUUCUCACAGAAAACCCAUGCUUAUUGGAAGCAAACCUCCUGCUAGUGGAAAUUUCAAGACCCAUCGAAAAAUGCGAUUUCUGCGAAGGGCUCACAUCCUUCCCAACCUACAGAGACAUCUCCCGCGAGGAUUAUCUGGACAUACAUGCCUACACCGGUCGACCAGCCCUUAUUCAAGAAGGAGGGACCAAAAAUUGGACCGCUCCGGAUGUUUUCAGCGUCAAGUUCUUCCAAAAUUUGUACAAGGAUAACGAAAGGGCGUUAGAGGCGCAGGAGAAUUGCCAGUUCUUCCCGUAUAAGUCUGGAAUCGAGUCAUUUGAGGAAUUUCUGAACAUGUCUGAUGAGAAAGCUGACUUCAAGGAGGAGCCGUGGUAUGUUGGAUGGAGUAACUGUGAUACUGUAAUCGCAACCGAACUAAGGAGACACUACACCCUGCCUCACUUUCUUCCCGAGGGUUCCGAGUCCAGUAUCACAGACUGGAUCUUUCUUGGAGGACCAGGCCACGGGGCAAAUGUUCAUAUUGAUAGUGUGGACAGACCCUCGUGGCAGGCUCAAAUCCGUGGCUCCAAGACCUGGACCCUCAUCCCUCCACCAGAGUGUGAACACGUCUGUCAUGAAAUCAACGCUACCAUGGUCAAAGGAAGUGUCAUUGUGGUUGACACCAACAGAUGGUAUCACAAGACGGAUAUCCACCCAGGCGGUAUCAGUAUCACCAUCGGUUCGGAGUACGAUUAACCGAAUCUGUCUGUCCGUCUUCCUUCCUUUCCGCGAUGACGGCCUAAGUUGACGGCAUGUUUCUCCUGCUGAAGAUUCUGAGGCUAUGUUCUUGUUUUGUAAAACAUUGUGAGUGCUAAACCAUCAAAAUAAUGGACAAUCCUUGUUGCUUUCUUUCGUCAGAAAGACGCUGACAUAAAACAAUACAAUGGAAAGAAAAUAAUGAUUACAUCUAGCAACGUUACCGGAGAUGGUGUCAUCGAACUGAAUUGUUGAAAAUCAAUUUGUACUGUUUCGGGCCAUUUUUGUCGGCGUUCGCGGAGAGACAUUCCUGACCUCUUCGCAAUUUUAUUCCUUGGAUUCUGCCUCUGAAAAUGAGGCAUAUAAUUAUAACUGGAUCGUUCUUGCUCGGUUUAAGUAAAAGUAAAAAAGAGGAAAACAGUUGUGAGUCGUGAUAGAUUGAGUGACAUUAUUCACAACGGUUGUGAACUUCCUUUACCGCCGUCACCCUCGACACACAAACUCUACAACUUCUGACAGCGGAUUUCAGAAACCAUGUCGUAGUCGCCAUGUUGUCGAAGAUUAAUUCAACUUUGUAAGAACCAAGGAAAAGUAGUAAAUUGAUAUUAAUCCUAAGUCAGGCCUACGAAAUAUGUGUGGGGUUGAUAUUCAAACCCAAUCAAUCGAUUUAUAAUCACAUGUACAGUUUGUAUUAUGUGUAUAUUUUCUUUCAUGUCAUAAUUACGAACUGGUGUUUUUGUUUUGUCUUUACGGAAUAGCAUAUCUUGUAAAUAUAAUUUUGGUGAUGAACAAAACUGCCUGUCAUAAACUUGAAAAUUAGUUCCUUCUUUCUAUUGGUAGAGAAGAAAAAUUGAUUUUCAAGUUACAUCACCAAUCAGACGAACCUUUUCAGUGCCUAGCUCGUCAUAAAGCAAAGCGACCAUCCCAACAAACACCAAAAACCCAUAAUUUGUAAAGUGAAACAUUUAUGUCUUACCUAAUAUUUGAAAACUAUGAUUCAAUUUCAUCUCAUGACCAGAAAUGGUUGAAAAUUUGUGAACAUUUGUAUAUUUACUAAUUAAAAGUCAAGAUGUAUUUUGUCUAAAGAUUCUAAUGAAUAAACAGUACUACUUGUAGUUUCUUAAA